GCGCUGCGAUUCGUCUUGAAACGUCGAGUCCGUAUACUCGGUUCAAAGCAAGCAUCGCAUCGACCUGCUGGACCAUCGGUCAUGUCUGCCUCCUUGAAGAAGAAACUCAAGGGCAAUGCGGCCGCUGCUUCAUCGUCUGCUGCAGGUGCACGCCGGCUCCUCCCGGCCACCGGUAAUGGGAAGAGCUUGCAGCCAGGAAUUCCUAGAGCUCUGAACGAUGGAUCGUUCGCCGAUGAGAUGCAGAUAUUUCAGACUGGAAUCAAGGACGAAAGUGGGCGAGUCAAAGAAUUCACUUCUGAGAACGACAUCUGUCCGAUCUGCAAGACGGAUCGCUACUCGAAACCGUCCCUGAGACUACUUAUUAGUCCUUGCUAUCAUAAAGCCUGCGAAACAUGUAUAGACCGACUCUUCUCCGUCUCAGCGCAGACUUGUCCUGCUUCGGGAUGCAGUCGAAUCUUGCGCAAGACCAACUUUACUCAUCAAACGUUCGAAGAUCUGGAAGUCGAGAGGGAAGUAGGGAUCCGAAGGAGAAUGGCAAGCAUAUUCAACAAGACAAGCGACGAUUUCGCAAAAGACGCGGAAUACGAUGAUUAUCUCGAGCUGGUAGAAGAUUUGACGGCUCAUCUAAUCAACAAUACGGAACUAGCCGAGACGGAACGGCGUAUUCUGGAAUAUCAGGAGCAGAACGCCGAUUUCAUUGCACAAAAGGCUGCUCGGCAGGCUUCGGAUCGGACCUCUGCGAUGGCGCGAGAGGAAGCCGCAAGAAAGGAGAGACAGUUGGCAGCCAAGCAAGCCCAAGAAGAGGAGGAGGACCUGCUCCGCCGGAUGGAGACGCUGAAACAACAAGCGUUCGAGAGUAUAGCUCGGGGCGAGACCGGCACGGAGUAUUACAAGGAGAUGGAAAAGCUCAGAGCCGGCGCAGAAGAACAGAGCGCAGCUAAUCAUCGACUUCGGAAGAAAGCUGCUCGGAGCGGAACACAGGUCGACACGGUUCAACAUGCCCCAACAUCGCCAUCGUAUGCUGGACCGUUUGUGCCGCUGCCAUUCUCCUAUUUCCCCUCACCAGCCGAGCGACACUUGCGACCAGACUUGUCGGCGAUACCCACGUUACCGGAAAUGGGCACACUUUCGUCCGAGGGAGUCGAUUCACCGCGUUACAGGGAUAUCGACUAUAUCGAUAGACAGCUCAAAGCACACGAAACUUGGUCCCGAGUACGCGCUGGCGGCUUUGAUAUUAGGGAAAUAUGGGACAGGGAUUUGCGGUCAGCUCUAGAGGGCUUGUUGGUACCGCUUGUAUCAUAAACGAUGACGGAGAUCACUAUGAAAUGGCAUUAUGCAUUAACGGGGGAAAUGCUGCCAUCGUUUCACUCCAUCCUGCCGGUCGAUGUUUGAACGUGCUUCUCAGCUUUUCAGCUGGUCCAUCUUGGUCGCAGUAUGCGGUGAGCUUGGUUCUGCUGACAA